CCUGAGGAUCCCCAGUGUUAAUUCUGAACCAAUAUGGAUGCAGCAAACCUUUCUCUAAAAUCCUGACGCCCUAAGCCUGGGCCUUGAUGGCCUUUUCACAAAUCUGGAACUGCCAAUUUAUAAGCUUUGAUGUGGACUCAUUUGUAAGGACAUUGUCCCAAAAAUGGAUAUAUCUGCAGCUGCCAUUGCUCACACAACACUAGGUUAGUGCUUCAGGAAAGCAACAAUACUCUGAUGGUUUUUAUCAUCUCUAGCUUUCUUCUUCUGAUGUUUGUUAUUAUCCUUGCCUUACAGACACCCCCAGCUCCUCCUCCUCCUCCUCCUCCCAGACCCUGGCUCUGCUGCACUGGAACCAGAAUGAAAGAAACCAGAGCCUGCAGCUCACACAGUGAUGAGUUACGAGCUGCUGCAGUGCAUGUUGGGAAGUGCCUGAGUCUGGGUAAUGUAGUUGUGCACAGGCAGGAAAUGGCUGCUGCCUGCUCAGACUUCUGUUACUCUUCCCUUUCUGUUUCUGCUGUUUCGAUGGCUCCAUAGAAUUGCUCUGAAUUGCAAGACUCUGUUCUGCUGUCAAGGAAGUUACCUAACUGAAAUUAGAGCAGAAGAGCAAGUUAGCCAAUCAUCAGACGGGAAGACCUCUUGGGUGAUCAUGGCUGAAAAUAUUGAGGAUAAACUCGAUGAGCUUGAUGUCAGACCAAAGAGCAGCCGCAGUCGAAGCGCAGACAGAAAAGAUGGGUAUGUCUGGAGUGGAAGGAAACUUUCUUGGUUGAAUAAGGGUGUACACUCAUCUGAUGGGGAUACCAUAAAUGUGGUUGAAGAUGAGGAUUGUCCCUCUCGAAGCCAAGAAAGAAAGCACAGCUGCGCUUCUAUCGAACUUGACUUUGAUCGCUCAUGUGGACAUAAAAUUUUAGGCCGUUCUCUGAAGCAAAAGUUGCAGGAUGCUGUGGGACAGUGUUUUUCCAUCAAAACUUGCAGCAAUCGGCACUCUUCUGCACUGUCUUCCAAACGAAAAAUCCAUAUAAGUGAGUUGAUGCUAGAUAAGUGUCCCUUUCCCCCCAAGUCAGAUCUGGCUUAUCGAUGGCAUUUAAUUAAAAGACACACAGCACCAGUGAAUCAGACUAAAGAAGAAAGUGUAAUCAGUGAUGGCUUAGAUCUUGAUGGUAAGGAAACCCAAGAUAAAGUCAAGAAUUCUGAUAGUGGCGAGGACUGUUUGUUAGAUGGACAUGCCACACCUUAUAAAAUGAACAUUGGCAAGGUAGACUCACUUGCCACCAAAGGUUCUAGGAGCAUCAAAGAGGACAGUGAUCUUGAUUCAGAUGAUGAAACAGUAACAUUGUGUUCAAGUUCAAGAAAAAGAAACAAGCUAAAGCGGGAAACAGACGAUGAGAGCUUUCAGCCAGAAACACCUCCUAAAUACCAUACCCAGAUUGACUAUGUCCAUUGUCUUGUCCCAGACCUCUUUCAGAUCAAUAACAAUUCAUGUUAUUGGGGAAUAAUGGAUAGGUAUGCAGCUGAGGCCCUCUUGGAAGGGAAACCGGAGGGUACUUUUUUACUUCGAGAUUCUGCACAGGAAGAUUAUUUGUUUUCUGUUAGUUUCAGGCGCUAUAGUCGCUCAUUACAUGCUCGAAUUGAACAAUGGAAUCACAAUUUUAGUUUUGAUGCUCAUGAUCCAUGUGUAUUUCAUGCUCCCAAUGUUACUGGCUUGUUAGAACAUUAUAAAGACCCAAGCUCUUGCAUGUUCUUUGAACCUCUCCUGUCUAGCCCUUUAAACAGAACUUUCCCCUUUACCCUACAGCACAUAUGCAGAGCCGCCAUCUCUAGCUGUACAAAUUAUGAUGGGAUUGAUGCUCUCCCUGUCCCUUCUUCCAUGAAACUUUAUUUAAAAGAGUACCACUAUAAGUCCAAAGUGCGGGUUCGGCGAGUGGAUGUACCAGAACAACGAAACAUGAAACGAUUUUAGAACUUUCAUAAGAUGUAUAACCAUAUAUUAUCUUAAUUUUUUUUUUAACCCAACCCUGUUGCCAAGGAAGCCUGUGAAUGCUGGCAUCCUAAAUAGCAAAUGGGUUUAUUAAAUACAUUUCUCAGACUUGAUGGAACUCUGCUUUCCAGUGGUCUUCCCAUAAUCCUUUGUAACUGCUACCUUAUUUUCAUACUGAACUUGUAUUUGCUUAAAUGGUUAAUAUGUUACUCAAAAUUGAAACCCUUUUGUUUAAAAAUGAAAAUUGUACAAGUCGGA